AUGGCCGCAGCCCGGGCUGGCACCGGCACCGGACACGGCACGGGUCGCACUGCCACCCCCCGGAACUGGACCCUGGACCCCAAAUGGGGACAGAGUGACCCCCGGUCCCUCUGUGCCCCCAGUCGCACUGCCACCCCCCUGCACUGGACCCUGGACCCCGCCGGGGACUGGCACUACCGAUGGAUCAGCCUCAUGGUGCUGCCCAUCCUUUACAACUGGGUCGUCCUCAUCCUCAGGUGCUGCUUCCCCGAGGUGCAGGAGGCACACGCGGGGCUGUGGCAGGCCCUGGACGGGCUCAGCGAUGUGCUGUACCUGCUGGACAUCGCCGUGCACCUCCACACAGGUUUCCUGGAGGACGGGAUCCUGGUGCGGGACGCCAGGCGGACGCGGCGGCGCUAUCUGGGCUCCUGGAGCUUCCCCUGGGACGUGGUGGCCGUGCUGCCCACCGAGCUGCUGUGCCUGCUCCCGGGGGUGCCGAGGGUGCCGGGGGUGCCGGCGGCCCGUGCCAACCGCUGCCUGCGGGUGCCGCGGCUCUUCGAGGCCUUCGACCGCUGCGAGACGCGCACGGGAUGGCCCAACGCCUUCCGCAUGGCCAAGCUGAUGCUGUACCUGCUGCUGGGCAUCCACUGGCACGCCUGCCUCUACUUCGCGCUGUCGGCGCGCCUGGGGCUGGGCGCCGACCCCUGGGUGUGCCCCAGCUCCCCGCGGCUGCUGCGCCGCUACCUGCACAGCUUCUACAUCUCCACGCUGGUGCUGGCCAUGGUGGGCGACACGCCGCCGGCGCAGCGCGAGGAGGAGCUCCUCUUCCUCACCGCCGGCUUCCUCCUGGCCGUGCUGGGCUUCGCCACCAUCACCGGCAGCAUCAGCACCGUCAUCGUCAACCUGAGCUCGGCCGGCAGCGCGCUGUACCCCGCGGCGGGCCCGGUGCGGCGGUACCUGCGGGCGCGGGGCGCGGGCGGGCGGCUGGCGGCGCGGGUGGCGCGCUGGCACCAGCACCUGCGGGCGCAGCGCAAGCCGCCGGCCGAGUGGCGGGUGCUGCGGCACCUGCCGCGGGGGCUGCGCGCCGAGGUGGCGGCCAGCGUGCACCUGGCGGCCCUGCGGCGAGUGGGGCUGUUCCGCGGCUGGGAGCGCGGCGUGCUGCGGCAGCUGGUGCUGCGCCUGCGGCCGCAGGUCUUCGGGCCCGGCGAGUUCGUGUGCCGGCGCGGGGACGUGGGCCGAGAGAUGUACUUCAUCCGCGAGGGCCGCCUGGCCGUGCUGGCCGCCGACGGCGUCACGCAGCUGGCCGUGCUGGGCGCGGGGCUCUACUUCGGCGAGAUCAGCCUCAUCAACAUCAAGGGCAACAUGGCCGGGAACCGGCGCACGGCCAACAUCCUGAGCAUCGGCUACUCGGACCUCUUCUGCCUGGGCAAGGAGGACCUGGCGGAGGUGCUGGCCGAGUUCCCCAGCGCCCGCGCCGCCAUGGAGGCCAAGGGCCGGGAGCUGCUGCUCCGCAUGGGCCAGCUGGACACCGGGGCCGAGGCGGCGGCGCUGGCGGCCGAGGCCGAGGCGGAGCGGCGGCUGCGGGGGCUGGAGGCGGCCCUGGAGGGGCUCCAGACGCGGGCGGCGCGGCUGCUGGCACAGCUGGAGGCCAGUGCCCUGCGCAUGGCCCUGCGCGUCCGGCGCCUCGAGGGACGGCUGCAGCUGCGGGACGGAGCCGUGCGGGACAGGGCGGGGCGGGACGGAGCCGUGCGGGACAGGGCGGGGCGGGACGGAGCCGUGCGGGACAGGGCGGGGCGGGACGGAGCCGUGCGGGCAGACGGGGCAGCAGGAACGGCCCCACCGCAGCAGCCUGCCGGCCCACAGGGUCCUACCGGGGGACAGGGCCCCACCAGAGUGCAGGGUUCAACCGAGACACGGGAUGUCCUCAGGGCACAGGGUCCUCCCAGGGCACCGGGUCCCUCCGAGGUGCAGGGUGCCCCCAGGGCACAGGAGCCAGGCUCCGCAGGAGGACAGGGUGGCACUGGGAUGCAGGGCCCCUCCAAGGCACAGGGUCCCCACAGGGCACAGGGUCCCAGUGACGUGCCAGGUGCUCCCAAAGCACACGGUAGCCCCACGGUGCAGGGGCCCCUCAGGGCACGGGGUCGCAUUGGGGCACGAGGUCCCCGUGGCAUGUAUGGCCCUGGGGGGGCACAGGCUCCCCUCAGGGCACAGGGGCUGCCCAGGGCGAGGAGGCAGAUGGGGACACGAGGCCCCGGUGCCAUGUACGGUCCCGGCAGGUCACAGGCUCUGCGCAGGGCCCGGGGUCCCUCCGGGGCACAGAGAUCCACAGGGGCGCAGGAUGUCCCCGGGGCUCAGGGGGUCCCACGAGGGGCGGGGGUGCCGCGGGACUGA